AUGACAGCGGACAAAGAGAAGGACAAAGAGAAAGAGAAGGACCGGGACCGGGACAAACGGGACAAGGCGCGGGAGAGCGAGCAUUCCCGGCCCCGCCGGAGCUGCACCCUGGAGGGCGGGGCCAAGAACUACGCCGAGAGCGACCACAGCGAGGACGAGGACAAUGACAACAACAGCGCCACCACCGAGGAGUCCACCAAGAAGAACAAAAAGAAGCCUCCGAAGAAGAAGUCCCGCUACGAGAGGACGGACAACGGGGAGAUCACCUCCUUCAUCACGGAGGACGAUGUCGUCUACCGGCCUGGAG